ACCUCUUUUCCCCGAUCUCUCUCUUUCACUCCCUUUCCUCUCGCGCUGCUGGUUGCCGACUGUCCAGCAGUGCCGUCCGCCGUCUGAGAAAAUCCUACUGCACCGCCACUCCACUCAUAAACCCUAGUUCUCCGCUAAAAUGAACUGCUCUAUCUCCGGCGAGAUUCCGGAAGAGCCAGUUGUCUCUAAGAAUUCUGGAUUACUCUUCGAGAAGCGGUUAAUCGAGAGGCACAUUUCAGACUAUGGGAAAUGCCCUGUUACAGGCGAACCUCUUUCCAUUGAUGACAUCGUUCCAAUUAAAACUGGAAAGAUAGUCAAGCCCAGGCAAGCUGCUAGCAUCCCUGGAAUGCUCGGAAUGUUCCAGAAUGAAUGGGAUGUUUUGGUGCUGUCCAAUUUUGCACUGGAGCAACAGUUGCAUACAGCCAGACAGGAACUUAGUCAUGCCUUAUAUCAGCAUGAUGCAGCCUGUCGUGUAAUUGCAAGACUUAAAAAGGAACGGGAUGAAGCUAGGUCAUUACUUGCUCAGGCAGAGAGGCAGAUGCCCUUGUCAUCAACUUCAAUAUCAUCCAAUGCUGCUGUCAAUGUUAAUGGCAAAAGAGUUAAUGAGGAUGAGGAAUUGGGUCCUGAUGGGAAGAAAAUACGUCCAGGAAUAUCAGCCACUGUUAUCUCUGAGCUCACAGAUUGUAAUGCUUCCCUUUCACAACAAAGGAAGAAGCGGCAGAUACCUCCUACGUUGGUUCCUGUUGAGGCUUUAGAGAGUUACACCCAGAUUUCUAGUCAUCCACUUCAUAAAACAAACAAACCAGGGAUUAUAUCUCUUGACAUCAAUCAUGAGAAGGAUGUCAUUGCGACUGGAGGGCUGGACACAAAUGCUGUUCUUUUUGGUCGAUCAUCUGGGGAGAUUUUAUCUACACUGAGUGGUCAUUCAAAGAAGGUAACAAGUGUCAAAUUUGUCACCCGAGAUGAUUUAUUCUUGACUGGUUCAGCUGACAAGACUGUCCGUGUGUGGCAACCAUCUGAUGACGGGAACUAUAAUUGUAGACACAUUUUAAAGGAUCACACAGCUGAGGUCCAAGCUGUUACCGUCCAUGCUACCAACAACUUCUUUGUUACUGCCUCCCUUGAUAACACAUGGUGUUUUUAUGACCUUGCUUCAGGAUUAUGCCUAACCCAGGUUGCAGAGGCUUCAGGAACGGAGGGCUACACAUCUGCUGCCUUCCAUCCUGAUGGUCUCAUCCUUGGAACGGGCACGUCGGAGGCCCUUGUUAAAAUUUGGGAUGUAAAAAGUCAGAAAAAUGUGGCUAGAUUUGAUGGACACGUUGGGGCAGUGACAGCUAUAUCUUUUUCUGAAAAUGGUUACUUCCUUGCGACUGCAGCUCAUGAUGGAGUAAAGCUGUGGGACCUUCGAAAAUUGAAGAAUUUCCGUACAUUUGCACCUUAUGAUUCAGAAACUCCAACAAACUCCGUGGAAUUUGACCAUAGUGGAUCUUACCUUGCAAUUGCUGGCUCAGAUAUAAGAGUUUACCAAGUUGCUAGUGUGAAAUCUGAAUGGAAUUGCAUCAAAACUAUUCCAGAUUUAUCUGGCACAGGUAAAGCAACCUGCCUAAAAUUCGGAACGGAUGCAAAAUACUUGGCAGUCGGAUCCAUGGAUCGAAAUCUUCGGAUUUUUGGUGUGCCUGGGGAAGACGGCCCGAUGGAGACAUAAGUUGAAAUUCUGGAAAAGAUGAACGCUAGCUUCCCGCUAUAUUUGCCCAAUUACAGGUUUGAAUUAUGAAAUUUAAAAACCAGAUUAUGAAGCAGAGGCAUCUUUUAAAGAUACUCCAGCAAAAUUGAGGGUUACAACACCCAGAUCAAAAAUUUCACCAAUUUUUUCUUCUUCUAGUAGUUUGAACUAAUCUCGUUUCUAUGAAUGUAUUAUUUUGUUGAGUAAAAAGAUUAUGUAGCUGUGUCACCUUCAGGUAGCCAUAGAACUGUUAAUAUACGCUGACAUUUUUUAUUGGCCGUUCUUUUGCAUUUUGGCAGUGAAAAAACUUUAAUAGAAUUAUCCUUAUUACUGUUCGACAUU